UAGGCUUUAAGGUCGGUUCUGCUAGAGUUCCCCCUGCACAGCUCCAAAGCUCCGAAACUACGAGCUUUGUUUACCUGUAAGGUGUGUCAUUGUGUUGUUUGACAGGACAAAACUGCAUGUGAACGUGUCUUCGAGAAAAGGGUGUUAAAAUUUGGAGCUUGUAUCCAUCUGGAUGUUGAGCAUUCGGGCUCUGUUUGGGAUCGGCUUCCUGGUGACCUCACGAGCCACAACAAUCCUCACUCAGACAGGGACAUGCCCGCUACCUGCUGCAGCUAAGAGCCACAAGAAGGACUGUUUCGGUAGCAGACCAGCAUCCACCAUGGCCCAGGCUAUCAAAUAUCUCGGGCAGGAGGAAGCCCAGCACAUCGAUGAGGAGCUCUUCAGUGAGUAUGGCUUCAGUGUGGACCAGUUGAUGGAGCUGGCUGGACUCAGCUGUGCUACAGCCAUCACACGGGCAUAUCCACUCACUUCUUUGGUGAAGGCCAGACCUUCUCUGCUGGUGAUCUGUGGACCAGGUAACAACGGGGGCGAUGGCCUAGUCUGUGCCCGACAUCUGAAACUCUUUGGUUAUGAGCCGACCAUCCUGUACCCGAAGAGGCCGAACAAGCCGCUGUUCCAGGGCCUGACCACACAGUGCCAGAAAAUGGAGAUCCCCUUCCUGACUGAGAUGCCUGAGGCUGACGUGGUUGAUGAAGCGUAUAACCUGGUGAUAGAUGCCAUCUUUGGCUUCAGCUUCAAGGGGGCUGUGCGAGAGCCUUUUGGCUCCAUCUUGGACACACUGAAGAAGACCACAGUGCCCAUAGCCAGCAUCGACAUCCCCUCAGGUUGGGAUGUGGAGCAGGGCAGCACCGACGGACUGCAGCCCGACAUGCUCAUCUCUCUCACUGCUCCAAAGAAAUCAGCCUCCCUGUUCAAAGGCCGAUAUCACUUUUUGGGAGGCCGGUUUGUACCACCCGGCUUGGAGAAGAAAUACCAGCUCAACCUGCCCCAGUACCCUGGCACAGACUGCGUGCUACAACUGUGAGAUGUGGGCUGUUAGUGAAAGGAAAUAAGCUUGAAAUGUCACUUCCUGGAGUAAGGAAGCAAUUAGCUUAGCAUAAAGACUGAGAGAGACUGGGAGAAACGGCCAGCAUAGCUCUCUAAAAGGUUUAAGAAAUAUGCCAAAUAAUAUCGGCUCACUCUUUAACACAUCCUGAUUUUUAUGAGAAGUUAUGUGUUAUAACUAUUGUACCGUCAUCAGAUGUAAAUGCACCAAACUUUAACAUGAUGGAAGCAUCAGAGAAUAAAAUUAGUUCUUCUUUUCAAGA